CAGAGAAGGGAAGUCAAAUCACAUCACGUGUGUGUGUGGUCGCCCCCCCCCUCCCGAAACCAUGCAAUAGGGUCAGAGUUCAGUACAUACUGAUGAUGUCAUCGUCUGAAGAUGGCUGAAGGAGAAGGCUGGUGGGGAGGCUGGCUGCAGCAGAGCUUCCAGGCCGUCAAAGAGAAGUCGACUGAGGCCUUAGAAUUCAUAAAGCGAGACCUGACGGAGUUCUCCACCGUGGUGCAGCAUGACACAGCCUGCUCCAUCGUGGCCACCGCCACUGCUGUCAAAAACAAACUUGCAGUGGAAGGCUCCUCAGAGACCACAGAAAAGGUGAAGAAGAGCCUCUCUAGUUUCUUGGGGGUCAUAUCGGACACACUCGCCCCACCCCCCGAUAAAACCAUCGACUGCGAUGUCAUCACUCUGGUGGCAACACCAGCGGGAACCACAGAGAUUUACGACAGUUCCAAGGCACGUCUCUACAGUUUGCAGGCCGACCCUGCUACAUACUGCAAUGAGCCCGAUGGGCCACCGGAGCAGUUUGACAACUGGCAGUUCAGAUUCAGUUUGGAAGACAAGAAGGGAGAAAUCUCAGAGCUUCUGGUCAACAGCCCCUCCAUACGAGCCCUUUACACCAAAAUGGUGCCAGCAGCUGUACCCCAUUCUGAAUUUUGGCAGAGGUAUUUCUACAAAGUCUUCCAGUUGGACCAGGAGGAGACAAGGAGAGUGGCACUGAAGCAGAGAGCAGAACAGGCCACGCACACAGAGACCCUGGGCUGGGAGGAGGAAGAGGAGGAUGACUUCCUUGGCGCAUCACCAUCAUCAUCGUCUCAACUCAACUUCACGCCUCCCCUGGACGACACCUCGGCCCGGCUGGCCACGACCCCGACAGCCCCCGCAGGAGCGACUCUGCUGAGUCCCAUCUCGACUCCAAGCGAAGAGCGCAACACCACACUCUCAGUCAGCAGCGACAGCGUGAGCCUGCCGACGCAGGUGGAAGUGCGGCCAGGGCCCACUUCCCCGGAGCUGGCCAAAUCACCGACCGGGGCUGUUUCGGAAGAUGUCACAGACAAGACGCAAGGAAAGCGGAAGCCUGGAAAGAGUGACUUGCCUCCCGAGGCUCGAGUGGGGGCUGCGACCCAGCCAGAGGUCGCCGUCGGUGAGGCGUCGGCGAGGACCCCUGCUUCCAAACCUGAGCCGGCGAAGGAGGAGGUGCCACAGGACCUGAGAGUGUUUGAGCUGAACUCUGACAGCGGGAAGUCUACGCCAUCUAACAAUGGCAAGAAAGGGUCCAGCACCGAUGUGAGCGAGGACUGGGAGAAAGACUUUGACCUGGACAUGACCGAGGAAGAAGUCCAACUGGCACUCUCUAAAAUAGAAGGCUCCGGAGAGCUGGAUGAAGACUGGGAGAACUGGGAGUAAGAGCCCCCUCAACUGGAAUUCUGUUCCGCCAUCAAAGCUUGUUCCCGGCAGACGAACCAUGCUUAACGUGUUUUAACUCUUUGUCCACACUGUCACCAUGUCAUGAUUGUCAGUAGGGGAUUUUUUUCCCGGCGGGUAUGGACCAUAUUGGUAAACCUGUUGAAAAGAGCAGCGGGGGGAGACCAAGGCAAUAAGAAUUAGACGGCUCCGUUGGCUAGCGAGGGUAACGACUCGGGCCGUGGCCAUUUCUCGGAGUUACUUCUGACUCAGAGCCUGCAACGAAAUUGACAGAGGUCGUGAUCAUUCUGACCCUUAGAGCUUAAGGACUCGCGGGGAUGAGUCAGAACGUGAGAUGAUCCACGGCAGCCGAGGAGGAGCUGUUUUUCCCUUUUUUUUUCUUUAUGCCAUUAAAUACAUCACAUAUGUUGCGAGUGCUUCUCGAGUUGGGUCAUGACUUAACUGCAGGCUGCACAAUAGCCAUAAACUGUAAUGCUGCUUCAAACUUUUCUAAGUGUUUUGUCGGAACGACGGUGACUCGAUUCUACCAGUGCCCACUAUUCUUUUCUCAUUUUUCUUUCUUUCUCGUCUUUAUUAUACAAGUGAGACUUCAAAAUGGGGGAGGGAAAGAUAUUUUGGCCUUCAUUCACCGAACGCUUUUCAUUUUGGAUUCACUCCCAACUCUAGAUAUAUGGCCUUGUAAAACACACAGUAGUGUGGUAAUGGUAUCCAAAUGUUUUUUUUUUUUUAAAUCAGUCAUCUGAAACACAACCAGCUAAUGUUUCAACAUUAGUUCCCCCCCCCCCAUGUCAUACCGUGAUUGAUUUAAAUAUAUGAGCUUGUUACUGUCACUUUUAAAUGUCACAUCUGUCUUAUUCGGGGAGAGGGGAAUUUAUCACUUGUCAGGCACGAGGGGAGAAGGUGUAUUUGACUUAAUGGAAAUAAAAUUUUAAACUGGUCCUGGUGACAUGACAUGAACAGAUAGUAGCGUCUACGUUAUUAUUUACACGGAUAGGAGAAAAUAUGUCGCAUUUUAAGUUUCUCUUGUCGACUCACGUUAGGAACAAAACAACUCAGCAGGCAGUGAGCCACGUAGAGGAGCGAGCCACGUGAGCGCACUCCAUGCUUUUAUGAUUUCCUUUUCCAUCAUCUGCAAUGUAGCUGAGAAAAAAAGCCUAGAGCUCUAGAGGUGUAAUAUUUAUACUAAAAUAAAUGCUUGAUUAUUGUAUUAUGUGCAUUGGAUUGCAUGUCUGUACAAUAACAUUAUGCAAAACAUUGUGCAGAUAGUUGCUGUUAAGUUGUAUGAUUUUUUUGGUCAAGACUUUGGCUUUUCUGUUCUGACAAUGUGUAGCAUGUCUGUACUUCUCAGCUGUGUAUUUUCCUUCAGAUUCACACUAUGGACUAAUCAAAUCUGUUCAGCACACAUCUUGUUUUCAGAGCUGUGUUUUUUUUGUUCUUUUUUUAAGUCAAGUAUUUCACUCUAUUUUUCAAAUGAUCGUUGUCAUUAAAGGAUUCAUGGCUAAAGAGGAAAAA